AUGGAUAAGAUGAUGAAUGAAAUGUGGACACAUUUACCAAUUGAUCGUGCAAGUACACCGAUUGAAAAACGUUCAUUCCAACCUCAACCACAACCACGAACAUCAACACCAAAAUUAUCCAAAAUUAGUUAUUCAAU